UUGCUCCCUUCUCCAUCGCAUAUAUUUUUCUACGGGUCGACGCAUUAGACGGAAGAAAAAUAUUUUUUGCAAAGUGUACAGAAUCGUAUCGUGAAAAUUUUGAAAUUUUCUGGCCAAAUUUGUCCAAGUACCAAGCUAUAGGUACUUUAACCUUGGACACGAAGCAAGAGAAAAAUUGCGACGACAAACAGGAGCUAAAAUUGUAAAAGUCACUCACUAACAAAUAAUACGGGUUUCUACCACAGAUAAAUUACUGCUGAAUAAGCAACAAUGUUUGAAAUUCAGGAAGUGGAGCCCGCUUCGGAAAAUCCGCUGAAAAAAUGGAGAGCCAAAUGCGAAACAAACAGCCUGAGUCAGCUGGAUUUUGUAACCUUCCUGCAGAGCAGUGCUCCUCAAUUCAUUCACAUCGAGCAUAAAUCAAAUUCUGAGUUAGGAAGUUACAAUUUUGAUGAACAAAACGCCAAGCAUGCGGUGAUUGAGCUGAUCGAAAAAUUCAUUUGUGGAGAUAAUUCGCAAACCUUUUUGGAACGGCUUAAAGUAGAGGACAACGUGGCAUCGAUCUGCGGUCGGGUGUUUAAGAUUGGCGAACCAACAUACAGUUGUCGAGAAUGCAGCAUGGAUCCGACAUGUGUGCUCUGCUCUUCGUGUUUCAAGAAAUCGCCCCAUAGACAUCACAAGUACAAAAUGUCCACAUCCGGUGGUGGUGGUUGUUGUGAUUGUGGAGACCAUGAAGCAUGGAAGCGGGAUCCCUCAUGCGACGAGCAUGCUGUAACCGCCGCCGAAACUCCAGAUCACUCUAUCAUUACUGACAAAAUUAGGACGUGCAGUGAAAUUGUUUUCAAAGGCAUCUUGCAGUAUUGCAUGAAAACAUUACAGAUUCAAUCGGAAAGUAGUUUGGCUGAAUACGAUGUUGACGACGAGGAUAUUUAUUGUACUAUAUUGUACAAUGAUGAAACUCAUACCUUUGAUCAGGUCAUUCAAACUUUAACUUCAAUAGUGAAGUGUACUAAAAAGGAAGCGAUUGAGUACGUUACCAGCAUUGAUCGUGAGGGACGGGCUGUUGUCAAAUGUGCCCCGUUUGAGACAUGUAAAAAGUUGAAGGAGGACGUCGAGAAUAAGGUUAUCCGAUCCACGAUGACAGCCAAAGCUUCUCCAUUGAAAGUAACGGUUCUACAUAAGAAUGAGGUUGCUUGUCAGCAUCUAGCUAUGCAAGUCUUGGGAUGGUUUCAAGAGUUCCUCACAAGACACUCAACAUUCAGGUUGAUUUUCUGUAAUAUUGUUGCUGAGAUUAACAUACCGUACAAUCUGAAGCAGAUUUUGAGCAAUGAUCAUAAACUAUGGAAGUCGGCUCGAACCUGCUGGCAUCGACUCCUGAUUUCCGGCAUGCUGAUGGAAUAUGAGAACAAAAAAGCGUUAUCUGUGAUGUUUACCAAGCUGUAUGCCAAUUUAAUGCAGGAUUUCAUCCGCGAUGAUCAUUACCAUUCGUUUUCCAUUGUGUCAUUGAGCGUUCAGUUGUUUACGGUGCCGACAAUUGCACACCAUCUCAUCGCCCAUGAGCUGGCUUUCUUUAAGUUGAUGCACACUUUCUAUUCCGAAUCAAUAGAAAAAUAUGUCAAAAAUAAACAACUUCAGUUCGCGAAGAACACAUCAGCGAUGAACGUUUUCAAACGAGCAUCCUACAUCUUGAUCGAUUUGAAGUAUCUUCUCAGUUUCAAACCUGACGUAUGGACCCAGGAGCUGCGUACAGGCUUUCUGCAUGGCGUGCAGAUUCUUAUUCGACUUUUAAAGUGCAUGCAAGGAAUGGAUGCAGUCACACGGCAAGUUGGACAACACAUGGAGUAUGAGCCAGAAUGGGAAACGGCAUUCACCCUGCAUCUAAAGUUAUCGCAUUUGAUCACCUUGGUGUUAGAAUGGUGCAGUACUGAUAAAGUAGUAUUGGUUAAAGUGUAUCGCAUGCUUUUGGCUGCGCUAACUGAAAUCAAAUUUAUUGUUUCUGAGGCAAAGGUUGAGGUACGAGAGCUUGCUGACCAUAGUGCUUCUUGUCUUAUGUAUGAUGUAUCUGCUAAACCAGUAUCCAUUCACUUGCCUCUGACACGCUUUAUGGCUGGACUUUAUGUCCAUUUUGAGAAGUUUGAUUUGACAUUCGAUACGGCAGCUUCCGAUAAACCAACUCCAGAACAGAUCAUAGAACCUGUUCUGAGUACCAGAACAAUGAUUUCUCAAGUUUAUGCUGGAAUGUGGCGACGAAAUGGGUAUUCGUUACUCAACCAGCUCUACUUCUAUCGGAAUGUGAAGUGUCGCUACGAGAUGCUGGAUCGUGAUGUUGUGAUCCUUCAAAUUGGUGCUUCAUUGGUAGAGAGUAACGAGUACCUGAUCCACGUACUGAGCAAGUUUAAUCUAAUCGAAUGGACAAACGACGACUACGAACCGUCAAACGCAGCUAAUCCUGAAGAAGAUUGCGUCAGACAGGUGAUCAACAUGGUGGAUGAAUUGCUGGAACUGCUCAUAAUCGUUGUGGGUGAAAGGUACGUCCCGGGAAUCGGAAUGAUCUCUGAGGAUGAUCGAAUCAAGAAGGAAAUUGUGCAACAGCUCUGCAUUAAGCCUUAUUCGCAUUCAGAGUUGAAUCGUGCCCUGAAUGAAGAUUCCAGUAGCGAAACUGGCAUGGAAAACGUGAUUGAUGAAAUUGCAACAUUUGAGAAGCCAACCAAGUCCGACAAAAAAGGCGUUUACAAAUUAAAACCCGAAUAUUUUAGCUGGUACAAUAUGUACUUCUAUCACUACAGCAAAGAAGAUAAAUCUAAAUCAGAGGAAGCCCAAAGAAGACGACGCAAAGAGAAGAAUGAGCUGGUAUGCUGCCCACCGCCAGAACUGCCGCAGCUGACUCUAUCAUUCAGCAUGCUUGCAAAUUUGUUGCAAUGUGAUGUGAUGCUUCUUAUCAUGCAGACGGUGCUUAGACGAGCUCUUGACCUUAAAGCGAUUACGUUUUCAGAAAGCCAUGUUCAAAGGAUUCUACACCUAAUUGGCUACGCUAUUCAAGAAGAGGAAUCUGGAAAUUAUCCUUUCCUAAAAUUUAUUGAGAGAUCUAAUAAGAUGAAUCUUCUUCCAAUGCUAGAAGAAUUGGUGAAUAAUGCAAGGGUUGAAUCCCAAAGGGAUCUUUUAUUGUGGGUCAUACAAAAAUACAAAGAUGUAAUUCUCAAAUUUCAAGAUAAAAAGAUAGACGAAGAUCAAGUAAGCAGCGAUCAGCCACAGACUUCUUCAAUGACCCAGAUAGAAGCAGAAAGGCUGGAAAAGGAGGAAAGGGCAAAGAUGGCGGCCAAACGGCGUGCUCAAAUAUUGGCUCAAAUGCAGAAUGCCCAGAAAAAUUUCAUGACAUCCAAUGCCGAACUCUUCGAAAACUACAGUGAUGACGAGAAAAAUGCAGGUUGCAGUAGCAUGGAUUGGCAAGUUUCAACUGAAGAAUCUGGAGAACAGGCAUGCAUUGGAUUGAAACGAAAAAUUCAGCGGGUAGAAGAUGCUAGGCAUCGGUGUAUUCUCUGUUCGGAAGAGUCCACGGUUACAAAAACCGAUGAAUGCAUGGUUUAUGCCGCAUUUGUUCAAAAAUCAAGUGUACUCUCUCGCUAUCAGCAAACAGACGAUCAAGGACAGCUCAAGUAUUUGGAAACUAGCACUCACCCUUCUCCGCAUGUCAGCACUUGUGGACAUGUAAUGCAUGCCUCUUGCUUUGAAAAAUAUUUCAACAACGAAAGGAUUAAGGAAAAUCGUCGUCCUUAUCGCAAUAGAACCCCUGUAUUGUUCGACAUAGAUAAAAGAGAAUUUCUCUGUCCACUAUGUCGGUUUUUGAGCAACGCUCUGCUGCCGCUAUUGCCAGCUCUGGGAGCAUUCAAUGAAAAUACUAACUCUAUGAAAUCAGUACCAGAUGCAAUCGAUUUCCAAAACUGGCACGUGCUGAUGGAGGAGUUUUCUGCUGUUCUUAAAAGCGCCAAUUCCAGCCAAAUGGAAACUCAGCAAGAAUCGGAAACCGAAGAGCAACCCAACGUAACUUGUAUGCAGGCGUACGAGGAAACUGUUAUCCCAAAACUUUCAACUUCAUUGGGCAUCGCAUUGCACGGGGAUGAUUCUAAUACAAAAUCAUUGGUCGGAGAGUCUAUAGAGGAGUACAUCAAUAAAUUCUGCACCGCCGUGCAUGAUGUAGCUCCCUUCCCAUCAACAUCCAGACAUUUUGAGGAGUAUCUCGUCACAUGGUUGUCAUGUGCGUAUACAAUUGAAUCACUAGAGAUGCUGCUCCGUGCAACAGAUAAGCAGCUCAGCGGAGAACUGUCUAUACGGUAUACGUCUUGCUUGAGUGGAUUCGUCCGGGUUUCUGCGGUGUUGGGAAACAACAUAAAGCGAUUCAAUCCGGGCUUGAUUGAUUAUAUGUGUGAUCUGUACGAUACGCUGUUUGGAAAACGAGGAUCUUCUUUCUUGGAAUGGGACAUCUUCAGCAUGAUGAUAUCGUUAAUAUUUGCGACCCGAUGCGUUCUAUUUAGCACUAGCAGAGAAGAAGCUAUACCAAAAGGAAAUGCAAUUGACCAUGACAUUCUGAUCGCCAUGUUCCUGGUAAAUGCAGUGAGAAUCGUUGUCACACAUGAAAUUAAAUUUUCCAAUGCUAUGGACAUCGAUGAUGCGGCGACUGUAAAUGACAAGGGGUUGUCUAAAAAUUUGUGUAAUAUUUUCACGAAGCAUAACAUCUAUCAUAAAGAUGAUGAUGAUAAUAUCCCAAUAUCUAUGGGACAUCAUCUAGUACAGACCAUAAAGAAGCAGAGUCAAACAUUUCUUAGGUGCUCAUGCUUGUUGUUCCAUGCAAUAACUGAUGCAGAGCUUCCUAGUGGCGAUAAUUUUGAGGCACUUGCUUCAUAUCUAGGCCUGGAAACAGAUAUUUGCACGUAUUUCAACAACGAUAUUUACAGUCAGUUCAUUUCAAAUUUAAUCACUGCUAAUCUUCAAGAACUUCAAACUGUUAGGCAGAACAUACGAAACAAGCAAUCUGAAGACAUUGUUCCGAUUAUUCAAGCUAUACCACCUAUUCGACAGCUGAUAGAUCUUCCGGAAGAUUACAGUGACCUGAUCAACAGUGUGUCAUUUUUCACGUGUCCCAAUAAUGUUAGAGACGAUUCACGUAACCCAACAAUGUGUCUAGUCUGCGGAGAAAUAUUAUGUUCACAAUCAUUUUGUUGUCAGAAGGAACUGGAUAAGAACUCAGUAGGUUCAUGUACGUAUCAUGUGCAUACAUGUGGUGCCGGAAUUGGAGUGUUCCUAAGAAUUCGAGAGUCAGAAAUAUUGUUGCUAGGAAUGAACAAGGGCUGCUUCAUACCUGCUCCCUAUCUGGAUGAGUACGGCGAGACUGAUCAAGGAUUGCGUCGUGGUAAUCCAUUGCGGCUAUGUAGGGAACGUUAUAAGAAGCUACACAUCACCUGGCUCAGCCACGGUAUUCACGAAGAAAUUACUCGCCGCACUGAAACGCAACAGACAUUGUUCGCAACACAGUGGCAGAAUCUAUGAAAAAUAAUUAAGAAACAGGUGUUAAUCUAAAAAAAUGUAGCGCAGAAUAUCAUAUUUAUGCAGCCCGAACUAGAACCUAGUACGCCAAGUAGUUCCAGUGGUAAUCCAAACGCGCCGACUUAUGUGAAUAAUAAUACAACUAGAUAUGUUUUAUGUAAUUUUGUUUUGCUAUAUUUUCAGCUGUUGAUAGAGAAUUUAAUGAAAGUCUGUUUCAUGAUGUGAGUAAAUACAGAUCUUGCAUCUA